AUUAUCCAGUGGUAAUCAAUCAUAUGAUUCAUUUAGUUAUAUUUGAAUAAAUAUUUCAAACAUAUAAGUAAAUAUUGUGUUCUUAACAAUUAAACAUUAUUUAUAUCUAUGACUAUAUAGCAUAUGGUAAUAAUUGUUUGAUUUUUCUUUUAAAGUAGGCUUAACAAAAUGUGUAACGUUACCUUAAUAACAAAGAAAAAAAUAUAGAAACGUUUUAGUAUGUAUUUUUAGAAUGUUAACAUAUGGUCUGCAAUAUUUUAGAGGUCAGAACAAGAACCGCUACCUCAUUGGCUAUUUCACAUGGCGUGUGAUGACCGGCAGACAUGACGUGAUAGAAUACCACAUGCAAAUACCAGGACAUGCCAGGUGUCUGGUUGACAGUGGAUUUGGGCAUUUAAAGAAACUUUACAGGAGGUCGAACAUUGAGACAAUGGACUCAUUGAUCCAGAUGGUGAAUAUGUCCUCAGCAUCCAAUGAAGCAGUGAGGUAUCCGGCAUGGAACUGGCGGGAUUGGAAAGGGUUUUUGUCCCGACUGUUUUGUCCUGUACCAGCGAUAAGAAAAUAUCAGUACUUCCGCAUGACGACGGCAGAGCCAGGUGUGGUCACAAUGCGCACGAGAGUCGGAUGUCCAGAGGUCAAGGUUACAGUGACUAUGGAUGGCGUCCAUAUUCCAUACCAACAACCGCAGAUUGUAGAGGCCAAAGGACUCAGCCGAAACAGACAGGAGUACUUGUACAAAGUUGUCAGGCCAUAACUCAGCGAUGCUAACAAGGAUGCUACUUGCCCUUGCCCAGAAACAUCACUAUAGUUAUGUCGUCGCAUCUAUCGCAUCUACGGCGAAAGAUUACACACAUUAUAAUGUCAAUAUUUACAGGCGAAUGACAAAUAACUUGAAACUUAUUCUUCAGUACUUUUUGAAUAUCCUUCAAUGUCUGUUUGAAUACAUUGGUUUAUUUAUAAAUCAUUUAAAUAACACUUUUUCAUAUCAAAUGAAAUAUUUGUAUUCACUUCUGCUCGUUUCUAUAGAAUUCAUGGCAAACAAAGGAUUCUGCAUACAAUAUAAGCUGUACGAUAAAUAAAUUGUGAACAUGCUAAGAAUAAUUAUAAAAAUUAUUAAAGAUUAAUCGACUCUUAAUUUUUAAAAACAGCACUUUUGGGAAAUAAAAAUCUAACAUUUCAACAAAAUGAAAUUAUUUAUUAUUUUUAUUAUUGGAUAUUGUUGGUUUAUGUAUUAAUGGUGUAAUUGAUAAUGUUUGUUUUGAUGCGUGCAUUCCUAUGAAAAACUAAAUGAUAUGUUGUGAAAAUAUGUGAGAUUGGUUUAGAAAAAAAUGAUUUAAACUGUAUGGUUUGCUGGUCGAUGUAAAUAUAAGUGGACUUUGUUGCUAAGCAACGUAUGUUAGUUUACAGUUUAAUGUUAAUCACAACUAUUUUUAGAACACAUAGAUACCUGAUAAUAUAUUUUUAACAAAAUAAAUGCGUUCUUAAA